AUGGCUGGCGACCGCUCCAGCCACCAGGUCAGCAAGCCCAUGGACAUCGAAGGGGCCACCGGCUGCGACCCAGCCAGCAGCGACCCGCCCCACGGCGCCAGCGACACCUACAGCCGCCAGGGCGCCGGGGAGAAGGACGGCUCCAACGACACCUUCGACUGCCAGGGACGCACGGAGGCGAGGCGCCCCUGGCUGCCGAGCCUGGCAGCCUUGCUGGCGCGACCGCGGAUCGCCGCCAACUACGACGGCCACGACAGGAACACAGAGGCGGCGGACCUGCCCGGCGGCUCCGACGACGCCCUCGGGCAUCAGCGCGCCGAGGAGGCGGCGGGAUUUGGCCCCCCAAAAGGGGCCGACCUGACCAGCGACUCCAACGACACCUUCCAUCUCCAGAACACCGCGCAGGAGGCGGGGAGGGCCCACCCCACACGGGCCAACCCGCGAGACGGCUUCGACAAGGAGCAGCCGCAGAGCAGCCAGACCGAGACGCUCCAACCGCCUAGGCAACCAGCGCCUGGCGUGGCCUGCCCACCCACCGACGCGCUGCGAUCUGCGGCGGCAGAGGCGCUGGCUGAGGCACGGGCGAGGUCUCACACGGCCGACUCGGCAGACGAGGUUGAUGUGGGCCAGGCAGUUGGCAGACAGAGCCAGGCGGCCGAAGCGGGCCGCGACGCCUCGGAGGACUGGGCGGAGGCACGGAGCCUGGACGGCAGGCCUGCCUCUAGUGCAGCGGGGGCUCCAAAGGCUGCCGCGGGGGCUGCCGCGCCUUCCGGCGCAGCCUUGGACGGUCGCGGUGCCAUGGUCAGCCUCGAGAUAGAGGAGCAGGCCGCAUACGUCGAAGUUUCCAUCACCGAGCUCUCCGCCUUCGCCGCCUACGAGGCCGACGCGGCGAGGCGUGAUGGCGCCGCCCCAGAGGCCCUUCGCGCCGCCUGGGACUGGCUACCUCCCGAAGACAAGGCAGCCUUGGUACCGCGUCAGCCACGUCGAGAACUCGCCAUGGACAAGAAGUGGGCGCCCCUGCUGUCCCGCAACACCGCCGACCAGCUCGAAGCCUGGGGCGCCCUCGACAUCCCGCUCAGCAUCCGGAGGCCAUGGCAAGUCUGCGCCGACGCCCUCGAGGAGCGGUCCGUGACUCCGUGA